GGGUUGCAAACAACUAUUACCCACUUGUUUGUUAACCUGCCAUGGCCAUUAUUACAUAAUUCUUACAAUAAGAGAUAUAUGGUGUUGGUUGCAAAUGUUAAGAGUGCAAUUCUCUACAUGUACAAGUCACGUAGAUGAAAAUAUGACCUUCAUUUCAUUUAUGCAUAUAUUUAUACGAGGAGGAUUGCCUCUGUGGUUAUUGGGUGCAAUCAUGUUUAACUUUUAUAUGUAAUGACAAAUUAUUCGCAAUAUUAUGUGCAUUUAUAAGGCGAGCAUGUACUGCUCAUAGUCUCACGAUCACAGGACACAACUGGAAUUAACUUAUUAUUUUACAGAAAAACAUUAAAGUGAGCAGUGUAUUCAUGUGAUGUAAUGUGAUCAGUUAAAUAAUUUUAUUUUAUAAGUAAAAGUUUUUAUCGAGACAAAAAUGCUUUCCAAAUCAACGCAAACAAUGGUCUUGUCGACGAUGGGGAAGAGAUAUUUUUCUAUGAGCACGCCAAAAUCAAAGCACUUUAAAUUGGUCGUUGUGGGAGGUGGUGCUGGGGGCUGCUCUAUUGCUGCAAAAUUCGCUCGAAAAAUUGACCCGAAAUCCAUUGCUGUGAUUGAACCCGCAGACAUGCAUUACUAUCAACCGCAAUGGACGAUGGUUGGUGGUGGAAUGAAAAAGUUGGAAGAAUCUGGAAGAACGAUGGAAUCCGUACUUCCAAAAAGUAUCACAUGGCUGAAGGAAAAAGCCGUAGGAUUUUAUCCGGACAAGAAUUUGAUUCAGAUUAGUGGCAAAAAUCAAGAACCUAUUCAAUAUGAUUAUCUCGUGGUGGCAACUGGUAUCCAGUUAAAUUUCAACCAGAUCAAAGGAUUAAUCCAAGCUUUCGACACUCCUGGGGUUUGCUCGAACUAUUCGCCUUUGUACGUGAACAAGACUUUGGAAAGUAUUAAAGGAUUUAAGAAAGGGAACGCAAUCUUCACAUUUCCAAAUACGCCAAUUAAAUGUGCAGGAGCUCCGCAAAAAAUUAUGUAUAUCGCUGACAGCUAUUUUCGCAAGCACGGGAAACGACAAGAUGCAAAUGUCGUAUUUAACACAUCGUUGGGCGUCCUAUUCGGCGUAAAGAAAUAUGCAGACGCUUUGUGGGAGAUUGUGAAAAAACGCGACAUCAAAGUCAACUUGAGAACGAAUUUGGUCGAAGUAAUACCAAAAGAAAGGAAAGCAAUUUUUGAAAAUUUGGACAAGCCAGGAACAAGUGAAACGUUUGAUUAUGAAAUGCUUCACGUAACACCCCCAAUGGGGCCGCACGAUGUUAUGAAGACCAGCGCAGGUGACCUCGUUGAUCCUGCCGGUUAUGUAAAUCUGAACAAGACAACCUUACAGCAUGUCAAGUAUCAAAAUAUCUUUGGCCUGGGAGACUGUACAAAUCUGCCCACGUCCAAAACUGCGGCAGCCGUUGCCGGUCAAUGUGGCAUCCUUUCCCAAAACCUGUGGAGCGUAAUGAACGGUAAAGAUCCCUUGGGUCAGUACGACGGUUACACAUCUUGCCCCCUGGUUACCAGCUACUCGACCUGCGUCCUGGCAGAGUUUGAUUACACGAGCCAACCUUUGGAGACAUUUCCUGUCAAUCAAGCCAAAGAAAGUAGGGUAGCCUUCCAUUUGAAAAAGGACAUCAUGCCUGGAAUCUAUUGGAAUCUAAUGUUAAACGGACAUUGGAAUGGGCCAGCAGCUUUCAGAAAGAUUGCACACUUAGGAUUUGGCAAGUAGGUUGCAUUCGCGGGCGACCAAAUGGUGGGUGUGGUUGACGCUAUUAGAGGAGUGUUUUUGAUGGAAUUACAUAUCGCACUCGAAGUAAAUUAGUUGACAGGUGCUAUGCUAUUAUAAGCAAUAAAAGCACGCACGCAACAAAUUGACGUCAUAAUAACAGAAGUGAUCCACUUACGUCUAGUUGGAUCAUAUAUGUACAUACAUAGGAAAGUAUAACCUCAUUUUUUACAUGGACCGUGGUAGAUUAGACGUUAUUAUUGUAUCUGUGUGAAUGUAGCACCCAAUAUUAUCUUCUCUUUCAAGUAAACGUGAAUGAUAUACCACAAAUGUAAUUAUUUAAUGAGCAGCUAGGUACGAUACAUAUACUAAUUUUUUGUUACUAUCUGGUUGGAAUAGAUGAAUUUAAUAGAUGGACGAAUAGUGUGUUCAUUUCGUUUUUAUUGCACAUUAUUAUGAAAAUAUGAAAUUAUUCCUCGUGCGUAUGUGUGUUUUACUACAAUUCUAAUUACGCACAUAAUACAGAUAAACUUCGCAUUUUUCUGGAAAGUAGUAUUCAAAUUGGUAUGUAUAUUUACGUAUGUUUAAUACUAUUAAUUAUUAGUCAAUUACCAACCUAAAUCCAACCUUGAAUAUUGUCCAAACGUGUAAGUAUUUGUUUUCCAUGAAAAAUAUUUAGGAUUCACGCCUGAAUCAGCAAUCUAACGAUUAAAGAAAUUAUGCUGUAAGACUACAAGAGUUUAUUAUGCAUUAAGAGAAUAAAAUACGCAAUUUAAACGAC